CGACCGCCAAAGGGGUCACAACCCACAGGUUGAGAACCGCUGAUCUAGAAGCCUCUGCCUGCUGGGAACCACUGGAUAGCAAAGGAGAGAAACCAAAGGCUGGAAGAUAAGAAGGACUGAGUUGCCGAAUGGGUCACAAGCAGAAGACAGAAGGGACUCAGAGUUGGGGAAGCUGCCCUUCCGCUGACCUUGGGGAUAGCCGUCAGGGUGGGAGACAGAACCUGGGCCUCAGACAAUGCCUGCCGGGGUCGACAUGAGGGAUGCUGUAGCCUUCUCCCCCCGCCCCGCCCCUCCAACCAAUGAACCUCAUAAUGGGGUUCAUUGCUGAGGCGGGAGGGGUAUCCUAGGAAGGGUGCAGCGGUGGGCCUGCCUGCCAGACACCCACAGGGAGCCUGCCCUUUCAAGCAUGAAACAUACCAUCCGGGCUCCCCCCAUCCCAGUGCACUCUUAGCUCUGCCUGCCUGGCUAGGGUCCUGGAGAACUUCUUGGAGCUCAUCCAGCAACCAUCAUGCAAGGUGGUGCUGGGGACGGUCCUCUUAAUCGGAGGUGGAAGCCUCAUGAUGUGGCUUCGGAAGAGGAGUAGGAGGAGGAAGAUAGCCUCUGUGUCUCCACAAGAGGAGCAUGAGCCACAAGAAUGCCACAAAGCGCAGAAUGAGAACUGGAUCAAAUCUCACUUUAGCCGCCUUUCCGACGAGAAGCUGGCCCCCGGCAGCGCCCUGGCCCCCGGCAGCACCCCCGCCCCCCAGCCUGAGACUGUCAACCGAGAGGCCAACACCACGGUUCGCAUGGAGACCUCCGCCUCAAGGGAGUCCUUCCCCAACAAGCAGAAGGUGCCUGCGUACUCAGUGGUCAGAGAGACCCACAAGGAGUCCUCAUCCACAGAUGAGGCCACGUGGGCCGCCGUGGCUGCUAGUACUAAGGAGCUUGACACCAAGGGACGCCAACUGGCCAACUCCAUGUUGCAGCGGGCCAUGGUGUACCGGAACUCGGGCCACCUGGAGUCCAAGGACCUCAACCAAGAGGAGCUGAAGGCCCUCCAGGAGGUGGAGAUAAAGCUGAAGGGCAAUUUCCUCGCGCAGCGGGAAACCACUGUCGCUGGUAUGAACCACACACACACCUUCCAUGGCCAUGGUCACCAUGGCCACCAGGAUCAUCCAAGCCACCCAAACCACCACCAGAGCCACAGCCUGCCCAACCGCAGCCAUCAGACCUAUCAGCCCUUCGAAGCCAUCUAACCACGGAUGGAGAAGCCCCUUCCCCCAACAGGGCUGGCAUACAAUCACAGGCCUGUUUUCUCUCCCGUGGGACAGCCUUUGUGGCCCAGAGUGAAUGCGGUCAUCCC